AUGGAUCACAAAUAUUUCAUCUUACUUUUGUUUUGUGGACACCUGAACAAUACAUUUUUCUCAGAGACAGAGGCUAUUCCAUCAGAGAAGCAGCCUCUGCCUACUUUAUCUAAAUCAUCAAUGUCACAUGUCUUGGCUAACUCUCCAAAGACAACAGGGAAUCCCUUGGAUCAAUCAACACAAUUGAACAACAUUUCUUCUGGACAACCAAUAUCACCUGCCAAAGUCACUGAUGAACAACCAACACAAGCUGUCUCUGUAUCUUCUGGAAAACCAGCAGCACACACUUCUGCUGAACAACCACUUGCCUCUAAAAUCACCAAACAACUGAUACCAAAGACCAAUACCUCCUCCCGACAAACAGCACGACCUGCAUUCACCUCUGCCAGACAACUACCGCCAUCUGCCUAUACUUCCACCAGACAAGCACCAACACCAUUUAUUUAUACUUCUACUCAACAACCAUCAUUAUCUGUCCACACCUCUUCUGGAAAACCAUUUCCACCGACUGUUCAUAAUCUAUCCACACAACCAACAUCAACUGCCAAAAAUUCACCUCGGUAUACACCAGGAUUCUUUGUAGAGGCUACCAGUAACAAAACGUCUCCACAUAAAACUAAUUCUAAUUUAACAGCUGCCAUAUUAUUUGGUGUAAUCCUGACUUUAAUGUUGGUAGCUAUAAUCAUGAUUGUACUAUGGAAGUGCACAAGAAAACCAGUUUUAAAUGAUCAAAAUUGGGCAGGCAGGUCUCCAUUUGCUGAUGGAGAAACUCCUGACAUAUGUAUGGAUAACAUUAGAGAAAAUGAAGUAUCCACAAAACGUACCUCCAUCGUUUCACUUAUGACCUGGAAACCAGACAAAAGCACACUUUUAGCAGAUGAUAUGGAAGUUAAGUUGUUUGAAUCAAGUGAAAACAUCGAAGAUCCCAACAACUCCAAAACGGAGAAAAUAAAAGAUCAAGUAAAUGGUACAUCAGAGGAUAGUGCUGAUAGAUCAACGAUUGGCACUGCUGUUUCUUCUUCGGAUGAUGCAGAUCUGUAUCCACCACCUCCCUUUUCUGACUUGGAAGGACAGGGGAAUAACCAAUCUCACAAACUCACAAUAGGAGUUGUAUCUACUCUUGCAAAUGAUUCGACCAAUUUCCCACCAUCUCUGGACUGUUUCAAUCAAGCCUGUGAAGAUCAUAAAUCUGAGAUCGAAGUGUCAUUUCCACCUCCCCCUGACUCACUUAACUUGCCCCUGCCACCAGAUUUUAUGAAAAAUCAAGAAGAUUUCAACAAUGAAAUCCAGUGUCAGGAGUUCUCUAUUCCUCCUGACUCUGAUCAAGAUCUUAACGAAUCCCUGCCACUUCCACCUGCAGAAUUAUUAUAA